UCAACAGGGCUUCAUAUCUAAUGCUACAAAUAGGCUGGGAACUCUGGGACAAGAUCUCACCACUUCACCUCCCGAUCAAAAAAAAUCUGGUCUCUAUCUGCUAACAAUGGCUUCAUUCCCUGUUCACUACUUCCCCUUUCACCAGCCACCUCCAUCUCCGCCUCAGCAUCUCUCCCCGCCCGCUCCUCCGCUUCCAAACUUUUCCCCGCCUCCCUCUCCGCCUCAUCAUCUCUCCCCGCCCGUUCCUCCGCUUCCAAAUUUACCCCCGCCCCCUCCGGGCCAUCCAUUUCACCCGUCUCCUCCUCCUCCUCCUGCUGCCAUUCCUCCACCGCCGCCACCUCAUCCACAUUCGUCACCCCCUCCCCAUCCCCAUGUGCCUCCACCGCCUCAUGUUCUUCCUCCUCCUCCUCCUCCUCCUCCAACGCCGGCUCACCACCAUACUGUCAUCAUUGUGGUCUUUGUCUCCCUGGGGGGCCUCUUCUUCCUUGCUUUCAUGGCUGCCGCUCUCUUCUGCUGCGUCAAGAAACAGAAGAAGAAGGCAUCUCAGAAGACAGAGAUCACCGAGUUUGACGAACACGUCAGAGUUCAGGAAGCCAUAGUGCCUGGACCUCACAGGGAGCCGACAAGAGUGGUGAUGCUUGAAGAGGACAUUCAUGUCCGCGAAGACAUUCAUAAGACUGAGAAGUUAGGACAAGCUUCUCAUCUGAAUUCCACUGCAGACCAUUUGAUCGAUAUGUCUUCAUCGAAACCAUCAGAGUCCACCCAUCAUCAUCACCGCCUUACUGAGCAUAAGGCCUAAGAUACUGGAAGGCUGUUGUACCAUCAAACUGUUUAUUCACUCCCGUUUCAAACGGGUUAAUAAUGAAGAUUUGUUGUAUCUUUUAUCUGCUUUUUUAAACUUGGUAAUUGUUUCUCUUCCAUAUGCCAGAAAAUGAUAACUGUUCUCCUUCACAGUGGUCUUUGUAA